AUGUCUCCAGAUGCAAUUUCGCCAUAUCAAGAACGUCCGAUUCGCCCAUUACCCAAGCGAAGACUUCGAGAACGACUUUCUCCAGAUGUUGCAGAUUCCAUUACAUAUCCUCCUACCCCGAAAUCAACCACUCCGUUGUUUUACCACCCGUAUAACCUGCGUGACGAUGUGGGACUAAAUCGGCUGGCUGAGUUUCAGCACCCGAGUGAGAGAGAAAGACAGGAGGAAAUGGAACGGGGCUACAUUACUAGAAAGUGUGGGGAUGAACUUGAUAGUGAUGAGGAUGAUGCUGCGUAUAGAAGUAGGAUUUACUCGAGGCACUCCGAAUCCACGACGGGGCGCUCAUAUCGCUACGUUCAAAAGCCAGAGAACAAAAAUCCUAAUCCCCAAGCUCCCGCUUCGGCCAGUUCAGCUGAUAGCUAUGACUCCUUUGAAAAUACAAACAACAAAAAGAAAAGGAAAAUACCCACACCAGGAGAUUCAAGUCUGAAUGGAGGACAUCUAUCUAAUGACUUAGCUGGUAUGGGUAUAUCUGACGAUAUACCCGAGGAGAUGGGUAGUUCUGUUGGGGCUUACCAUAGCCCCGGGUCCGCUUCUCAGGGGCUUUCGGGGCCGGGCCGCGGCAGAUAUGGUCGUAUUAGAAAUGGCAGGAGCCCUCUCCGAGCUUUAUCUGAUUCAAACUGGGGAAAUGGACGCACCCCAAAACAAGGCGAGACUCAGGGUAUCAUUUCAAGGUCAAUCGCAAACGCUCAUGCUGACAAGAACAACAUCACCCCAGCCCAUGGUCAAGAAAACAUUAGUUCCCUACACCAGCAAGCUUCGAGAAAAACCUCUACACAAUUCACCUUUACAUGCGAUUCCCAAGUACCUAGUUAUCCAGGGCCCACUCCAUCGAACGUUAUCAACCAUAACUCUGGGCCCAACCACACUAAAGUUAACACUCAGGCCACGCAAACGAGUCCCAAUAUGGCUGGAAACCUUAGCACGCCGCAAGCAAUCGCGCAAGCAAAGCAAGGACUCGCUGCCUCACAAGCUGCAAAAGACUCUCUUGCACAGCCCCCGCCCCCAGUCAAGAAAAAUCGACGGCGUCGAACAGGAAAGGAGUAUCUCAUAGCUGCAAGGGAACGUCGAAAGGAUCAAGAAUACAAGAAUUAUCACCAUCCGCCAGCGGCAGAAGAUAUAUGGAUUUGCGAAUUUUGCGAAUAUGAGAGAAUUUUCGGCACCCCGCCAGAAGCUCUGAUCAAGCAAUAUGAGAUCAAGGAUCGAAGGUUGAGGAAGCAAGAGGCGGAGAGGCGAAGGCUGCUGGAAAAGGCAAAAAUGAAAGGAAGAAAGGGAAAGAAGGGAAACAAGGGCGUCAAGUCGGCGCCUCUAUCGCAAGAUCGACAGCAGUCACAUGCCCAGACUGCAGCAGCUCCACCUUUAAAUCAAAAACAGAAUCAUAGUCAAGCCAGUCAUGACAGCCGAGGGAGUCGUAGUCAUGAUAGUCAGGAUAUCGGAAGCCUUCCCAGUGAUGAAUAUUACCCGGAUGGUUACAACGAAGACCUUGACAGUCAGGAUGAAGAGUACCUCCAGGAGGAUCCGCCAAUCUCCUCACCAUCGACAGCGGUUGAACGGCGCGGCCAGGUCGUUCACCCCGACCCAGGCAAGCAUCGAAUAUCGAGCACUGCAAUUCAAGUUUCUUGA